AUGAAGGGCAUUGAGCGUGACUUCCAGGAUGAGGGCCUUUACUACGACCUGCGGACCUACACCCGCAACGGUACUGUCUUCUACCCGUGGAUUUUCUCGAAGACGCUCGCUCAUGACGAGCAAACCGGCUUCCCAACCAAGGAAGAUGUCGACAAAGUACUGGCUGCAGAGAAGGAGCCCACGCAAAGCAAUCUCGAUGCCAUUGUCCUCUCGGAUUCCCCGAACCGUGUCCGCAAGCUUGAGGGGCUCACGAACACGCGCAACAAGAAUGACAUAGGAGCUCCACCAGAGGCUGCCGUGUUCCCGUUUUUCUACCCGAUCGACUCCGCAGAGUCAGCCUUUGAGAUGGCCGAGGUCUACGCCAGAGUGCUGCUGCGAGACGUGCCUUUCGCUGACUACAGCACAGAUCCCACGGUCCAAAUGGUAAUCAGUGCGCUGAACCAGUUCCCCUCCAAGACGAGCCAUCCCACAUCAGCUGGCCUUAUCACAGAAAAGACACUUUUCCGUGGAAUAGGGCAGGGCGAGACUGUGGGCCCAUACAUCUCGCAGUUUCUGUACAAGACGCAUCGAUAUGGUGCCUAUCUGGUUGAGCAAAAGUAUGAGGUGGAACUUGAUCCAACCAACAUGCUCACCAUGGAUGGGUGGCGUGCAGUGCAGAACGGGGAGAACCCUGCAAGCACAGUUCGCAAUGGCACGGCCUUUGUAGCGACUGGGCGUGUUGUAGGGUCCGUAGUGCACCGCGACCCACUGUACCAGCUCUACUACCAAGCUGCCCUCGUGGCGCUUCAGCAGGGUGUUGGUACAGAGGGCUUCGAUCACCCAGCCACGACGGCAUGGACGACAAGCGGUCCACCGGACAUCUUUGCCUCCGUGGCGCAUGUCGCUGUGGGUGCUCUACGUACCGCGUGGUGGCAGAAGUGGGGAGUUGGCAUGCGCAUCCGCCCGGAAGCAUACGCCCAGCGGUAUGAGCUGGCUCGCACGCAACCGCAGCUGCUUAGCGACGUUCCAGGGCUGGCGGCGCUGAAGAACAACAUCGAGUUGGCCACUGACAUCAUCAAUGCCGUGCUUGCGGACAAUGAAGCUCGUGUCGGCAACCAGACAGCGCUGCUGGCAGUCAUGUACCCUGAAGGCUCACCGACACACCCGACUCUGCCAGGCGGUCACGCCGCGGUUGCUGGGGCCUGCGUCACAGUGCUGAAAGCAAUGCUCAAGACUUUCGACGAUGAUGCAGGCACCAUUGAGACAAAGUGGGUGACGUCCUCACGGACGGCAAGCCAGUCCGUUGACGGCCAAAAUCUGGUCAGCUACUCAGAUGCGGAUGCUGCUGACAUGACAGUCAACGGCGAGCUCAACAAGCUGGCAUCGAACGUUGCUCUGGGCCGCGACUUUGGCGGAGUACACUUCCGGGCUGAUAACGACGGAGGCAUCUUGGCGGGGGAGGACUACGCGAUCUCCUAUCUUGUGGAGAAGUUGAAGGCUUACGCGGAGGCAAGCAUUUAUAAUACCUUUGAGGGGUGGACUCUACAGAAGUUCGAUGGUUCCGUGGUGAAGAUCACGGCGUCAGGUACGCGAAGGCCACGGGGAUGGCAAAGGCCGCUGUGGCCGGUCCAUCGAUUCUGGCGGAGAUCUAAGUACUAUGGAUGA